AUGUUGUUUGCUGCAUUAUUUGGUUGGCAACAAUUGGCUAUUAUAUCAACAAUCUUAUUAUAUCUAUAUUAUCGACUGACCCGCAAUUAUAGCUAUUGGUCAUCCCGUAGUAUCAAUGGACCCAAACCGUUGCCAAUAUUGGGCACAAUGUGGCAAAUGUUUCAAAAGCCAGCCUUUCAGAUAAAUUUAGAUAAUCGCAAAACUUAUGGCAAUCUUUAUGGAACCUAUUUGGGUACCCGACCCGUACUAGUACUAACUGAUCCACAAUUGAUCAAAGAUGUCAAUAUAAAAGAUUUCAAUAUAUUUGUCGAUCGCAACGAUCUAAUCAAUUUCAAUGACCCGAUUGCCGAUCGGGCAUUGUUUACGGCAAUGGGCGACAAAUGGAAAAGUUUGAGAUCAGUGAUUAGUCCGACAUUUUCAUCGGGAAAAAUGCGUGCAAUGCAUCCGAUUAUCAUUGAGUGUGUGAAACGUUUGGACAGAUAUUUGUCGGACAAAAAAGAGAUUGAAAUGACGACAACAAUGUCAAAGAUGACAAUGGAUGUGAUAGUCCGGUGCGCUUUUGGCAACGAAAUCGACACUUACGACGAACAACGGACCCAUGAUUUUAUAGUCUACUCGCGACGCCUACUGAGUGCCAAUUGGCGGACACUAUUGACGUUCAUUGUGGGCGCCAUUUCACAAGAUUUGCUUCAAUGGUCGGGACUGAAGUUAAUCGAUCCGGCGGUCGAAACAUUUUUCAGAUCAGCUAUUAAGACAAUUGUCGAUAAACGCCGGGCAGACGGAUCGGGUCCGAAACAUAAAGAUUAUAUACAGCUAAUGAUUGACGCCAGAAAUAAGACAUCGUUGUCGUCGGACAACAAUAAAGAAGUGGACGAUAACAUCAUCAACAGCGACGAAAUAUUCACGAAGACAGCGAAGUCGUCAUCGGUGGACAAACAUUUUGCCGACAUUAAGGGCGAAGUUGAUGACGACGACGUAUUGGCCAACUCUAUCAUCUUUUUAGUGGCCGGCUAUGACACCAGUUCGAUGGCACUGUCCUUCCUGUUCUAUGCACUGGCACUUCAUCCCGAUUGUCAGCAAAAACUUUACGAUGAAAUCAAACGGUUUGACAAUCAAUACGAUUACGAAACUAUAGCCAAAAUGUCAUAUCUGGAGGCGUGUGUGGCGGAAACGCUCAGAGUCUACAAUCCGAUCAGUACUGUCGGACGUAUGGCUGCCCGAGAGUAUACUGUCGGCGAUACUGGCAUUACAGUACCGAAAGGCAUGUUGAUUAUGUGCGACAUACAAUCGCUACACCGAAAUCCUGAAUACUUCCCGGAUCCCGAUCGUUGGAAUCCCGAACGGUUUAUGCCCUACAAUCGGGAUAAGUUAGUUCCCUAUACUUAUAUGCCGUUUGGUUUGGGUCCCAGAAAUUGUGUGGGAAUGAGGUUUGCAUUGAUGGAAAUGAAGACAGCUGUAGCCUAUCUGAUCACUAGAUAUCGGUUCAUACAGACGGCUAAUACAACAAUACCGUUGACGUACGCGAAGUAUGACUUUCUUUUAAGGCCCUGUGCUGUCAAUAUUGGUAUUGAACGCCGUCUAUAA